CCGCCGUUCAGGCCGGGAGCGGACCGUUCCUACUGCGGCUGGGCACCGGCUGGGCUCCCGCGUCGGCCCCGCGUUUCAAGCUUGCGCCUGGCCUAGCCUCAACCCGGCGUGGCCAGGCCCCGGCCUCCGAACGAAGGCGCCGCUGCUGCUGGGCCUCUCGCAGGACCAUGAGGAGGCGGCGGCAGCCACUGUGGCCCACGUCAAGGUGACCAGCCGGGACUGCGGCGGUGAGAGAGAGGCGGCAGGUUAUGUCACCAGCAGAGGUGGCAUCGGAGCUCCGUGAGGCCUGGAGACUAUGUACAAGAGGAAUGGUCUGAUGGCUAGCGUGUUGGUCACCUCUGCCACUCCACAGGGCAGCAGCAGCUCAGACUCUCUGGAGGGCCAGAGCUGCGACUAUGCCAGCAAGAGCUAUGACGCUGUCGUCUUUGACGUUCUGAAAGUGACUCCCGAGGAGUUUGCCAGUCAGAUCACACUGAUGGACAUCCCCGUUUUCAAAGCCAUCCAGCCUGAGGAAUUGGCCAGCUGCGGAUGGAGUAAGAAGGAGAAACACAGUCUUGCCCCUAAUGUUGUGGCCUUUACCCGGAGGUUCAACCAGGUCAGUUUUUGGGUUGUACGAGAAAUUCUAACAGCACAGACUUUAAAAAUAAGGGCAGAAAUCCUGAGCCAUUUUGUGAAAAUAGCCAAGAAACUUCUAGAACUCAACAACCUUCAUUCUCUCAUGUCUGUGGUGUCAGCAUUACAAAGUGCUCCCAUCUUCAGGCUGACGAAAACAUGGGCUCUUUUGAAUCGUAAAGACAAAACCACUUUUGAGAAACUGGACUACCUGAUGUCCAAAGAAGACAACUACAAGCGGACUCGGGACUACAUCCGAAGUUUGAAGAUGGUGCCCAGUAUUCCCUAUCUAGGAAUCUACCUUCUAGACUUGAUCUACAUUGAUUCUGCAUACCCUGCCUCUGGCAGCAUCAUGGAAAACGAACAAAGAUCCAACCAGAUGAACAACAUCCUCCGGAUCAUUGCCGAUUUGCAAGUUUCCUGCAGCUACGAUCACCUCACUACCCUGCCGCAUGUGCAGAAGUACCUGAAGUCUGUACGCUACAUUGAAGAGCUCCAGAAGUUCGUGGAAGAUGACAACUACAAGCUGUCACUCAGAAUCGAACCAGGAAGCAGCUCUCCAAGACUAGUCUCUUCUAAGGAAGACCUUGCAGGCCCCUCUGCUGGCUCCAGCUCAGCCAGGUUCCGCCGGAGGCCCACCUGUCCUGAUGCAUCUGUGGCUGGCAGCCUCCCCACGCCACCAGUCCCAAGGCACAGGAAGAGCCACAGCCUGGGCAACAAUAUGAUGUGUCAGUUGAGUGUAGUUGAAAGUAAGAGUGCAACAUUCCCAUCGGAGAAGGCCAGGCACCUGCUGGACGACAGCGUCCUAGAGUCCCGCAGCCCCCGCAGGGGCCCCUCCCUCACCUCCUCCACCGCCGUCACCAACGGACUCUCCCUAGGCAGUAGUGAGAGCUCAGAGUUUAGUGAAGAGAUGUCUGCAGGGCUGGAAAGCAGGGGACGUCUCUACGCUACACUGGGGCCCAACUGGCGGGUUCCAGUUCGGAAUUCUCCCAGAACUCGGAGCUGUGUCUACAGCCCCACGAGCCCAUGCACCUGUACUGUGGGCAGCUCAGCCACUGUGCCCACUAUGGAGGGGCCUCUAAGACGGAAAACCCUGCUCAAGGAAGGCCGGAAGCCUGCACUAUCCUCGUGGACCAGGUACUGGGUCGUACUCUCAGGAUCCACCCUCCUAUACUAUGGAGCCAAGUCCUUGCGGGGCACAGACAGAAAACAUUAUAAAUCUACACCUGGCAAGAAGGUCUCCAUCAUAGGCUGGAUGGUGCAGCUGCCGGAUGACCCUGAGCACCCAGAUAUCUUCCAGCUGAAUAACCCUGACAAAGGCAAUGUUUACAAGUUCCAGACGGGCUCCCGGUUUCACGCGAUACUGUGGCACAAGCACUUGGAUGAUGCGUGUAAAAGCAACAGGCCUCAGGUACCUGCAAACCUUAUGUCAUUUGAGUAAGUAUCUGCAGGACUUGACACGACCUCAGAGGCUUCUGGGAGCCUGGACUAGGUCUGGUGGAGGAGAGCAGCUCUGGGCAUAAGCUGUUGGCCAAGGCACUGGAGCCCCAAAGCUUGAGGAAUGUGGCCUGCAGCCUCACAGUCUUGGAUGGCUCCCCAGUGUGAGAUCCACCUGUCAACCCACAGCAACUCUCAUGACUCAUCCUGCAGCACCACCCCACAGGGCGGUUGUCAGAUCCCAAACUGCGCACCCUAUGUCCCCUCUCUGGGCUAUCGUCUGUCCACCAGCUGCUUCUGCAUCAAGGGAGCAUCAGACCCGUGUUGGGUUCUCCGUGCUUUCUGCUACACACAGAGUGGGUGGGAUUAACCUUUGAGAGGGCUGGAGAGCAGAGACAGGUUGCUGGACAAGCUUGUUACACCCCAAGUGCACGGGCCGCUCACCUGCAGGGCCGCCUCAGAUUUUGUAUACCCCCAAAAGCAUCCUCUGCGUGUGCGUGCCGUACAUGCGUGCGUGUGAGCGAGUGAGUGUAAGCUCUCUGAGAAACAUACAUUUUGGCACAAGACUUGUGACAUUAUACACUUGUUGGCUUUGAGGCCCUGCUUGAAGCUUUAGUUACAGCCUUGCCCUCUACGUCUGAAGGGAGUCCAGAAGCUCCAUGUCAAGGGUCCCUUGAGUUCUUUUACUGUAAACAAACAAUGCCUUAAAA